AUGUCGAGCUCUUCCUCAAUUGCUGUCACGAAUUCUUCGCGACAUGUUCGUUCUAGAACCCAGAGUAUCUCGAGCGACCGCCCUUCUACGACUGGCUACAACAUGAUGUCUCCGCCUCUCUCUGUGUCGCCUGAGGCGGUGUUCAUCGCUGCGUCUGCUGCUUCGCAAAUCGUCACUAAUGAUCAUGACAGCCAUUCUGAGAUAUGGUACGAUCAGAUGGGAAUUGAGCCUUCGGAAGAGACUGCCUUGGUUUCACCAGGCGCUCUUCAGCUCGCAAAUAAUUUUAUCGACCAGCUCUUGUUCAACAUAAUCUCUGUCGCGAAGUCUACUGCACUAUCGGCGCUGCGGCCGGCUGUUAGCGAAGUACUAAAACCGAAACUUGCUAAAGAUGCCAUUAACAACGCCGACGAAGAACUUCGAGAAUACCUGGGUGGUAAUGAAAUUGAAGAUUUAGUACAAUCUCCAAAUACUGAGGUACCUGCCGAUUGGGACCUGGAGCUAGUGUGGAAAAGAACGAGACUACGAUGCAUGGUUUAUUCGUCUUUGGGUGAUAUGGAGGAAGAAGACGAAGACUGCUAUAUGGAACAAGAACAUCUCAGAGGCGAGUCGGAUGACAUGAUGUCCGAGGUUGUAUCCCCAGCAGUUGCCAUUUUCUUGACUUCGAUUCUAGAAUUUAUGGGUGAGCAGGUUCUCGUCAUAGCCGGGCAAGCGGCCUUUAACCGACUACGUGUCAAGUACGAGAAAGAGUUGAAAGAAGGGACGCGAGUACGCGGUGAAUUAUUUGAACGUCUUGUUGUUGAGGAAUUAGACAUGGAGCGUGUUGCGUUGGAUCGAACUCUCGGCCGGCUUUGGCGUGCUUGGAAAAAGAGGAUUCGGUCGCCCGGAGAGCCUAACUAUUCUCGUCCUUUCUCGCGUAGUUCCUCGAGUACUUCGGGGGUGGCCAACCAACGACGCGGGAGCGCUGCAACAGACCACGUGCAGUUGCUUCGGACACCCCGAGAUUCGGACUCUGCGCUUGAUGUACAUGAAGAGCAAGAUGGCGAGACGGCCGGCGAGAAAACACAUGAGAAGUCCAGCCCGAGGUCAAUUCCGAAGGUGAAUCCGGCCGAAGUACCUCUGCCGGAUAGCGACGAGGAAAGUGAGGAGGAAAAGGAUAUUGGCCGACCGAAGAGCAUGAUCAUAUUGCCUUCAUCAAAGGACAGGCUAGUGUCUCUUCGAGCUUCGCUGAAAAAUUACUCAAUUCGGCGCGCACGGUCUCUUCCUUCUCGGAAACGUCCCGUGUAUUCUUCCACUCCGGGGGCUAGUCGCGAAAUUGAAACCCAGCCUCACAAAGAUACAAGCAAAGAUACAAGCAAAGAUACAAGCAAAGAUACAAGCAAAGAUACAAGCAAAGAUACAAGCAAAGAUAUAAGCAAAGAUGAGGCGAAGACGAUUGAUGGCGUUUCUACAAAGGAUAUCAGAUACGACAACGUUAAUGAGCAACCUCGCCAAAAGUUGGAGCAGAAAGUUAUCUCAGAUGGGCUGAUUCCAGCAGUCAAUAACGACAUUAUACCUGCGAUAUCAACAAGGACUAGUAGCAUUGUCCCGCUAACCGAAAUUGAAGAGGACGAAAUCGAGGAGUUUACUGAAGAGCCUGAAAUAUUAACUUCAUCAAGAAUUUCUAUUGGAGGAAGAAGUUCCUCUCCUUCUACCUCAGACUCUGGCAGGCCUACUCCUCUCAUGCCUAUAAGAACGAGCAGCAUACGGUCGGUACGAAUUAUUGAGGUACAGAGCCCUCGUAGCCCGACGGCUGGUUCACGAGCGAGUUCUAUGGAUUUCCAGGACCCUGCUUUGGUUGCUCGUAGGAUUUCUACCCCUCCCAUUGUCGAGGAAAAUGAUUCGGUAGCGCCACCUGAAAAGAAGCAUACCGUUAUCCUUCAGCGGUCAUUCGACGAUUCCCAGGAAACCAGUUCUGGGGCAGUCCAACCUGCCCGGAAUCCCAGUCCUUUGAGAAGCGUCCACUCCCAAGCAGUAUACGAACUUGCAGCAACCACCACCACUAAGGUGUCGAUUCUGAGUAGUCCCACAACAGAACCACCUUUGGAGGAAAAGCCCGUGGCUCCCGUGAAAUCAUCGAGGAACCCACCAAUGCCAACGCUGCUCGAGAGAAGUACAAACCGACCUAUUUAUGGGCGGUCGAGCUCUAACGAUACUGCGUCAAAUAUACCUGCCCGGCGUGGUACGCCGGAAUCACCAAAGAUGCCGCGCUCUAUAUCAAGCGACUCGCCUUCUUCCACGUCCGCUAAAUUCAAAGCCCUCCGCACCUCUGAGGACGGAAGCCCUCGGCGCUCCGAGGAUAGAGCUCGCGAUUUUGAGCAGCUAAUCCACAGCCAGGAAACCUUGCAGUAUACCCUCACUCCAGAAAACAUGCGUGAUAUUGACUCUAGUUCAUCUCAGCACACUGGAAGUCCUAAAACUAAUAGGUUCCAAAGGGGCGAGGACGCCAGGCAUGCUGAGCGCUCACGGUCUUCAUCUAGGAAGAGGACCGCAUCCUUUACGAAACAGACUAAUCUCAGUUCGAAUCCUCUAGCUUCCCAUCCUCCCACGGACAUUCCUUUUACCGGGAAAUUUUCCGAAGUGAUAUCAAGUGCACUCGCUUCUAUUCCACCGAAAAGUCGAUCAGGUAUGGCCGCGCAAGCGAGGGAAGCGCGAGUCCCUGGGGAAUCAUUGCAAGAUUUUGCCAAUUUUAUUCGAUCAACAGGACCUCCUGUCGAGCGCAGCGUUCAGCAUAGCAGAGGACAUACGGCUUCGAUUUCGACUAUCCGGGCUCCCAGGGGUCCUACUCACGUGAAAAAGAGUGCGAGCAUCGAUAGCCGGCAGACUAGUUCAAGCAACCGAUCCCACUUCCAAGCUAGAGAUGCUACAGUUAACCUCGGUAGCGAAAACUCAGAUCUUAUCGAUUUUAUUCGACGUGGACCCCCAAGCAACAAUGUGAAUAACCCCCGGAUUCCUCGUCACGUUGCCCCUUUCCGGAGUACCAUGGACUCGGAUCAAUUACAGAUGGCUGGUGCUGUAGGAGGCAAGGCUAUCGAUGCGGUGAUUCCAAAUAUUCGAAAUAGCGAGGCAUCGACGAAUGUUACGGAGGCUUCAGCUCCGUCGUCGAUGAAUUCCCAAAGCGCACUCUUGAGCAAAGUGAGCAAGGUACAGCAGUACUCUGGUAAUAACUUUGAUGAUGACGAUAUGAUGCCGAAGCGGACACAACGACGAGUCCGUGACCCUUAUGCCAUUGAUUUUAGCGACGAGGAAGACGAAGAAUCAGAUAUAAUGCCCCUACCAAAACCGAAGAAGGAAGAAAGCUUGAUCGAUUUCCUCAACAGUUACCCCCCUCCCCCUGAACCAAUGCCUCAACCCGUUGCUAUCCCGAAGAAAAAAGCCAGUGCGCCAAAUUUGAUCGCACGUCUGAGAUCGGGCGGGAGCUCUAUCAGAUCAGCUUCAAACCCCAGAGGAGGAUCUGGGGCUGAUUCGAGGUCUCUGAGUAGUCGAGCUGGCACUAGCAAAGGCUACACGCCUAUUGUCAUUCCAACAUCGGUAGAAAAGUUUGGGAGCAAUCCCAGACCACCACCAACCGCUCCUAGCAGCUCGAUGGGUCGUGUUCCGAUGAAGAAAUACGAAGCACGGGAUGCCGUUUCCGCUAACACCCGUACGUCGGAUCUGGCUAGCUUCCUGCGCGAUUCCGAGCCGCCACCACAGCCCAUGUCGCGUCCUGCCCAGAACGAAAGCAAGAGCAACGGAUUCUCCCGGAUGUUCGAACGCCGCAAGAAAUCUACCGCAUAUUAA